AUGGCCGAUCACCACACCGACGACUUGAUUGACUAUGAAGAGGAGGAGCAACUUCUCCAUACGGAAGGCGCCUCAACACACAAACAAAACAACUACAGCGAGGCGGCCAGUGAGGAAGAUAAGAAGGACAAGAAGGGGAGUUACGUAGGCGUUCACGCGACUGGCUUUCGAGAUUUCUUACUAAAGCCUGAGCUGUUAAGAGCAAUAGUAGACUGCGGUUUUGAGCAUCCUUCCGAAGUCCAACAAGAAUGUAUCCCUCAGUCGCUGCUGGGAACAGAUGUCCUAUGUCAAGCAAAAUCAGGCAUGGGGAAAACGGCUGUUUUUGUACUGGCUACUCUACAACAAGUCGAACCUGCUCCCGGUGAAGUAUCGGUGAUUGUAUUGUGCCACACUCGAGAACUGGCAUUCCAGAUUCGAAAUGAGUAUACUCGAUUCGCCAAAUACAUGCCGGAGGUUAAAAUCGACGUGUUCUACGGGGGAACAUCCAUGAAGAGCGAUAUCGAGAAAUUUAAACAAAAGGAUAAAAUUCCGCAUAUUGUCGUCGGUACUCCUGGGAGAGUAUUGGCGUUAGUGAAAGACGGUUACUUGAAAGUGGGGAGUGUGAAACAUUUUGUUCUUGAUGAAUGUGAUAAGAUGCUCGACCAGCUUGACAUGCGGAGGGAUGUGCAAGACAUUUUCCGAAAGACACCACAUGGGAAGCAAGUGAUGAUGUUUAGUGCCACUUUGAGCAAAGACAUUCGACCCAUUUGCAAGAAGUUUAUGCAGAACCCUCUGGAGAUAUAUGUCGACGAUGAAGCCAAACUAACGCUUCACGGUUUGAAACAGUAUUACACAAAACUGCAAGAGAGCAUGAAAAAUCGAAAGCUUAAUGACAUACUUGAUGAAGUUGAAUUCAAUCAAGUAUGUAUUUUCGUGAAAUCCGUACAGCGAGCGACCGAACUGAACAAGUUACUGUGCGAGUGUAACUUCCCAAGCAUUUGUAUCCAUGGGCAGAUGAAGCAGGAGGAUCGUAUUGCGAAGUACAAAUCAUUUAAAGACUUCCACAAGCGAAUCAUGGUUGCGACAGAUGUCUUUGGACGUGGUAUUGACAUCGAGCGAGUAAAUAUUGUAAUCAAUUAUGACAUGCCCGAUGGACCGGAUACAUAUUUACAUAGAGUCGGUCGUGCUGGCAGAUUCGGUACAAAAGGUAUUGCCGUAACAUUUGUUGCCAACAAUGAAGACGCAGAGACUCUUCAGAAAGUGCAGGAACGGUUUGAAGUCAACAUCACAGAAUGUCCCCCCGAGUCAGAACUCAAUGACUUUAUGGCUUCUUAA